UGUCAAAGACAAAAAUCGUGUUACGUAGUGUUAUAUAUCAUUUUAUUUGUCAAAUAUAUUUAUCGGGUUUUUAUUUUGAAACAUUUAAGAUAAUGUCAUUAUAUUUGCUAAUAAUUUUUAUUCUUUUUUUUUUCAGUUUCAUUAUUCCAGUUUUCUUUAACUAACAUAGCAGGAAACAACUGAAUAAAUUUCAGUCACAUUUAACUUUCGUUUCAUUCACAAACUUGAGCAGAUUAUCGGAUCUGACUUGCAAGAGACUGACCAGGUGGCGAUCAUCAAGGUGACGGGCAACAAAGGGGACGAUGCUAAUCUCACCCAGGCGUCAUUCCCUGAAGUUGUAGCCCAGGCCCGUCGGGUGAGUGGUUCUCAAUCUCGAGUUCAUUUUGAAAACUUUCUCAGUAUAUCCAUGUGGAUACACUGAAAGACAUUGAAACUCGAAUCAGUAAAGGCUAGAGCUUUCUGAUAUAAAGGAUCAUGUUUAUCGCAGUUUCCAUGAGAUACAAUUCGAGGCAAAUCUAAUUCCUUGAUUUGGGCAUUGCUUUUCAAACCAUCAGCUGAGAGUCUUAUCCUGGUGCAUGACAAUGGUGGUGAUCAGCAGCAAUCCUGCCUUCCUCAUUGCCUUUGCGGAGGCAUCUGACACUGGUCGCCUGCUGAUGUGGGAAACGAGGCUGUUAGUGGUGACUAGGCUGGACAUGUCGAUCGUGCAAAGUCUGCUAGAGGAUUACUGGACCUUCUCUAUGAUGAAUACAAUGUUCCUCACAUCGAAACCAGAGCCAAAAAAUGAAAGGUAAGAACUUUCAAGCCAAUAAAUAUACUAAUAACAGAAGAAAAUGGGGGCAUACUCAACACCCGAACAACUACUUAUGUAUGCUUAUUUCAAGAAACUUUUUCGUCCAUAAGUAUGUUACCGCUAGUUCCACCCCCUCUAACAGCUGCUACUCCUUCGGGUCAGCUUCUCCCUAGUCUGCCACCUUUGUAGUCCAAUGCGAGGCAAUCGCUACAUGAACCCAGGCGAUUUCACUGGUUGUACACAGUUACAAGCCUCAGAGGUCGCCACCCUGUUUCAAUCUACAAGAAUUAUACAACGCCAACUUCUCACACAAGCUGAGAAAGGACUCGCCCAGCCACGUGCGAGGAAGACAAAGACAGUAACGCCACAAACUUGGUGAUUAUAAUACCCUGUGGGCUACCUCCCACAGGUGGGACCAUCCACUGCCCAGCAGAAUUUAGUAACAUUAUUGACCCGACCUCAACUCGUCUCCAGUCUCUUAGAGGACAAGCUCAAACUUUCUUAAAAUUGGUGACCCUGUAGAGAGAGAAGACGGUUGGACACGGACUGCAACACGAAAAAAAUCCUCUGAGCAAGACGAAGACAAUAACAAAAAUAAAAAGGCCAGAAGCAUUUAGAGUAAAAAUUUACAAUAACUCCUUAUUACAUAACCCCUCCCUUUCCCCCCAGCAAGCUUGUGGGACCUGUAAGGAAUCUUUUGUGUGUAUGCGUGUGUGAGGGGGAGUGGAUGCAGAAAGUGAGGUUUAAAUUUGGACAUUCACGAAAAAAAUCUAAGAAUGAUAUGCCGUGUUUUGACAAAUGGGGAAACUUCUAACCUAACCUAACCUAACAUUACCUAACACGUCCAGGGACGUCCAGAAUUCGUCUGUAAACACUAUUACCUCUGCGCUUUCGCCACUUUUUUUAGUGUUUACAAGCGAAUUCGUCCCUUAUCGAGUAUGUUCAUUGGAAACCAAAAGAAGAAUUUAAUGAGGCAACGAAGGUGACAUAAAAUGUAAUAGAAUUAGACACGAAAAUAAUGUAUCUGAGUAUUCUAACCGUCCCAAGAAACCAUGGGCAGAAUAUACCGAAUUCAUUCUCAGAGCAGCGAGGAAAUGCUCACUCCUUGACGGCAGGGCGCAAAUGAGGCAUCGAACCGUAUAUCUGGCAUGUUGUUCACGCAUGCGCUGAUGCCGAGUUCUAGAUAGACCGAGUGAACCUACAUCGGACCUAGAGACGCGCUCGAGGCUUAGUCACGUGACAGGGGAAGGAGGAAGGAACUGGGAAUAGAGGUGCCAGUUAUACAUGCACCUGCCUUUCACUGCUGGAGGAGCCAAGGUGGUGAGGGUUGCCAGCUGGAGUAAAACCCAUGGUCUUGUACGAGUUGACGGCCACACGUAUUUCCCCGAGAAAUACAAUAAUUUCCAUGGCAUGACUAUAAACGCUACAUGGUUCCCAUUUCCACCCUACCUAAUGGAAGUGGCACACACUGACGCCAACCCCAGCCAAGUAACUGCUUACGCCGGAAGAGACUACUCAAUUUUACAGGCCAUUGCAGAAGCCCUUAACUUUACCGUCAAUUUUCUGUCGUACCAGGGAUGGGAUCAAGUAAUGAUACGCCUCAUUCAUCGUGAAGCUUAUAUUCGACCCAUCAAGCUGGCUGUAUUGCCAAACUUGUUGGAGAUCUAUGAUUUCACCUUCUUCAUUGAACGGGCUACUUUGGGCUUUAGCAUGGCCAAGCCUACCAUAAAGCCCAGCUGGCAGAGUCUGUACUACCCGCUGGAACCUGAAGUUUGGGGCUCCAUCGCUGCUGCUGUUAUCUUGGUAUUCAUAGUCCUCAUGCUGAUGCGACCUGAAAGCGAAAAGAAGACACACGAGACGUGGCCGGUGUUGAAGCAGGUGGUUGGGACGCUGCUAGAUGAGGCUAUCCCUGGAGGGCUGCCGCGCAGUAGCCCGACGCGGGUCGUGUUGACUGCAUGGCUGAUCUUCUCCUUCAUCGUAGGAACUCUUUACCGCAGCAACCUCACCGCCUACCUUACCGCACCCAAAUACCCACCUCGGGUAGAAACUCUGGAUGAUCUCGUUGGCAAAGACGCUAAGAUCACGACGACUCCGGAUAUUACAGAGUUCAUAGAUAGCUGGAAGCGAUCUAAUUCAAAAUUGUUCAAGGCACUGAGUGACAGAAUAGAGAUUGUACCUACAUUUACAGCUGGGUUGCUAGAAGCUAUCGAGAAAGGCAAAGCUUAUGUGUACGAACGGCUGAACUUGGAGGUGUUAAUUGCCGAACAUUUCACAAGUAAAGGAGGAUUCACACCACUCUACGUGGCACGGCAAAAUAUCGUGCCCGGUUACUGCGGCUGGCCUCUUUCUCCCAACACGCCCUUCAAAGCCAACCUCGACCACUGCAUUCUGGCUUUUCAUGGGGCUGGACUGAUAGAAAAGUGGACUAAGGAAGUUCUGGAAAGAACUCAGUUUGAUAGUCGGCGGAGGAUGAGUAAAGCUACAGAGGCUGACGGCACUUCUUCUGGGGAUCAAGAUGCUGUCGAGAUUCAUCAAGUCACUACGAAAGCUCUCACUCUGAUCCACAUGCAAGGUCCUCUUUUCCUCUUUCUCGUAGGAGCCUUUCUCUCCUUCGCCGUCUUCAUUGGUGAAAAAUCUGUCUCACUUUGUCGUCAUAGCCACAUCUCCAGUGAUUCAAGAGACCAAGCAACCGCGAGCCUUCACCAUUAUGAGGGAAGUGCCGACGGCGUUUCUGCUCCUGCACAAUUAUUUUAGUUUUUUACAGAUACUCAAAUAUACCAAUAUAUAUAUAUAUGUGUAGAUAGGCUGAAGUGUAAAUAAAUAUAUAUGUAGACCAAUAAAGAUUAUCAAAUGUAUGUUUUAAAUAAAAUGUCGAAGGAGAAGGUAAUUAAGA